CUAACAGCACAACUUGGAGACUAUAACGCUUCAAUACAUCAUUCGGGAUAUCUGUCAAAUUACAACUUUAUACCCGAGCAGAACAAAGAUUUUCUUACCAAAGUAGAAUCACUACAUGAGCAACACAGUGGCCUCAAGCAAUCUGAAGCAGAGUCCUGCUACAUAAAUAUAGCACGAACACUUGAAUUCUAUGGAGUGGAAUUGCACAGUGGUAGGGAUCUCCAUAAUCUAGAUCUCAUGAUUGGGAUUGCAUCCGGUGGAAUUGCUGUAUAUAGAAAACUCAUCUGCACAAGCUUCUAUCCCUGGGUGAACAUAUUAAAAAUUUCCUUUAAAAGGAAAAAGUUUUUUAUACAGCAACGGCAGAAACAUAAUGAAUCCAGAGAGCAUAUUGUUGCCUUCAACAUGUUAAAUUACAGAGCAUGCAAAAAUCUGUGGAAAUCUUGUGUAGAGCAUCACACGUUUUUUCAGGCAAAGAAGUCGCUACCUCAUGAAAAAAAGAUAUUGUCACAUUAUUGGACCCUGGGUUCUAGAAAUCCAGCAAAGUCUGUAAACAGCCAGUACUGCAGAAAAGUUAUAGGUGGGAUGGUUUGGAACCCAUCUAUGAGACGAUCUUUAUCUGUUGAGCAUCUAGAGACCAAAAGCCUUCCUUCUCGAUCACCUCCUGUUACCCCUAAUUGGCGGAGUCCUAGACUACGUCAUGAAAUUCGUAAACCACGACACUCAUCUGUAGAUAACCUUACAAAUGAGAUUAGUUAUAUUACUGAAACAGAGGAUGUUUUUUAUACGUAUAAGGGCUCUCCAACGUCAAAGGACAGUGAUUCAGAGUUCUCUCAGAGCCGUAGUCCACAGAGGAGGUCAUCUGAACAGGAAUCACCAAAGAAUGUAUUGGGAAACAGUCCAAGUUCUCUGACCCGUAUCUCACCUAAAGCCUUGGCUCAGUCUCCCAACGGAGUUGGUAACACUUCUGGCUCUUACCCAUUGGAAGGGGUGGAUAAACAGUUCUUAGAAACAUACGAUAACGUUACGAAAAGUAGCUCAACGGAAGAUUCCAGUCAGUACUACUGCGAUAAGAAUGACCUAAUUGAGGGAGAUUUACUUUUGGUGCGUAUCACACCAGAUGAAGAUGGGAAGUUUGGAUUUAAUCUAAAGGGUGGUGUAGAUCAAAAAAUGCCAUUAGUGGUAUCAAGAAUAACGCCAGGAUCACCUGCUGAUAAAUGCAUUCCAAAACUGAAUGAAGGUGAUCAGAUAGUAUUAAUUAAUGGCCGAGAUAUCUCAGAGCACACGCAUGACCAGGUGGUCAUGUUCAUAAAAGCCAGCAGAGAAUCUCACACGAGAGAGCUUGCACUUUUGGUCAGGAGGAAAGUAGUUAAACAGUUUGUGGAGCCUAAAUCAGAAGAUGAAGCUGAUUCCCACAAUCUCCCAGAAUCAAUUAUUCCUAUCUGUUCCGAAUAUGGUGGUGAUACACUGGAGGAGUCUAUGGAACAGCUAAGGAAGGGGCUGGAAAGUGGGACAGUCCUUAUUCAGUUUGAGCAACUUUAUAGAAAGAAACCAGGAUUGGCUGUUACAUGUGCAAAGGUACCUCAGAAUAUGGACAAGAAUAGAUACAAAGAUGUUCUACCUUAUGAUGCCACAAGGAUAAUACUGCAAGGAGAUGAAGAUUACAUUAAUGCAAAUUACGUGAAUAUGGAAAUUCCUUCUGCGGGCAUUGUGAACAGGUACAUUGCUACUCAGGGGCCUCUUCCACACACAUGUGCACACUUCUGGCAAGUAGUCUGGGAUCACAAGUUGUCACUGAUCAUCAUGUUAACAACUCUCACUGAACGAGGACGAACCAAAUGUCAUCAGUAUUGGCCUGAUCCACCAGAGGUAAUGGAAUAUGGCAGCUUUCGUGUCAGAUGCCACUCUGAAGAUUGUACGAUUGCUUAUGUUGUUAGAGAAAUGGUGAUUACAAAUGUUCAG